CACAUGUAUACUCGAUAUCGAGUAAUGUUAUGUAUUACUCAGUUAUUACAUUUUUCUCUGAUUUUCUUUAAUAAUCUGUUUUAGUAAUUUUAUACUUACUCUCUACGAGGUAAACUUUGCUGUUGAUGGCUGAUCUUUCUGAUGAUUCAGAUAUAAAUCCGGAAGAAAUUGCACGUAUAGUAGAAGAUAUCGACAAUCUAGAUAACAGUUUACUUAAUAGUUCAUUUAAAAAAUCAAGUCGUACUAAAAUAAAUACUGAAGAUUCUACAUUAUUAAAUGAUACAGAUAUCAAGAAAAAGGUUCUAUUCAAAGAUUUCAAUAAAGAAGAUCCUUUAGCAGAUUUAAUAUCAGAUGAAGAAGAAAUACCAUUAAAGCAAAAGAAUGUAAUUACACAAAAUACUAAAAGUACUUUAAUGGAAAGUUUAUUUGGUAUAAAAACUAUAACCAGUUCUGCGUCCAGUAUCAGAUCAAGCGAUAAACCUAUACAUCCACUGUCGGAUGUAAGUACGGAUAACAUUAACUUGGUAAAAAGUCCAUUAAAUCAAGAUAGUCAAUUAGAUUUGAAAGAUGAAUCCAUAAUUUCUGAAAACAAGCCAUUGAAGCAAAUCAAUAUACAUAAAACGCAGAGUACUUCUUAUAUUAACGAUGGUACUACAGCGAGUUCUCUUAAUAAAUUGAAAUCAGCAACUGGUAAAUCACAGAAAUCAUUAUUAAUAGAAGACUUAUUUGGAAACAGACAACAUUCGACGUCUAUCCAGAAUAUCAACUCUCAACAGACUCUUGAUAGUUUCGGUACAAAAACUAUUACAGAAUACGCAACAGAUGUUAUUAAAGAAGAUAAUCCAGUUAAAUCUACAAUGCUUGGAUACGCCCCUACUGUUUCUGCUUCUAGAGAAUCUCGUAGGGGAAGAAAAAGCGCCAGUAUAAUUCAUGAUCCUUUAGGCUUACUUACCUCAUCUCAAACCGAAUAUACAGCAGAAUUGAUAUCCAAAAAAGCUGAAACUGCUGAAGAUACAAAUAAAAAGAAAUCAGCAAAUCAAGAUCUACCGGAAUGGCUAGGUGGAACAAAGAUGUCGGAUAAUAAAAAGUUACAGGAAGUUGAACAAUCAUCAUUGCAUAAUAUAGAACAAGAUAUUAUGCAACAAAAGCAGUCUUUUGAAAAUUCUCAGAUACAACGUCAUAAUUACACCACAAGCAAUGCAAUAGAGACAAAUAACGAUGACAUGAAUAAUAGAAUCGUACAGCAUGAGGAGUUACCGAUACUAAUUAGUACACAGUUUGAUCAACAUGCAGCAAUUAUGACUAUGCAACAGCAAGAACAUGAACUAAGAACAGCUACAACUUUAUCUCAUCAGAACGAUCAAUUAAGUAAAUUAAUAGAGACUCAAAAAUACAAAUUAACUGAACAAGAAAAACAAUUUAACAUGCUUAUUAAAAAACAAAUGGACAGGCAAAUCUUGCUUGAAGCACAAAUGAAACAACAACAAGAGCGUAUUAAUCGUUAUAUUCAGACAUUGAUGGCUCAACCCACAUCUUUACCAAUACCCAUAAAUUUUUCAAUGAAUCAAACUACAGAGAAUACUAAAGAAGAGAAAGAUGACAAAGUUAUUUUAGAGAAGUCUGUAGACAAACUAGAAUCCGAAAAGUUAUAUCUGGAAAAUACACUGAAAGGCUUAAAUGAAAGACAUGAAUAUGAAUUAAUAAUUCAUGAAGAUUCAUACAAAAGGCAGAUUACAUUCCUUCAAGAAACAAUGGACAAACUUGAAAAGAGAUUUCGUCAUGAAAUUGUAACUUUACAAAAUGAGUAUGAAUUACAAAUUGAGAAAAUUAAGGCAGAGAAAAUACAAAUAGAAAUGGCGUAUAAAGAAGAAAUAGAAAAUUUAAAAAAAGAACAUGUAAAGUCCAUUCAAGAAAUUUGUGAAAGACAUACUAUCAAUAUAAAUAUUUUGCAAAAGGAACAUUCGCAAACUCUUGAAAAUAUAUCUAGAGCUAAAGAAUGUGAAAAUUUAGCAAUAACAGCUGUAACAACUCUGAAAUCAGAUAUGGAAGAGAUGUUGCAUAAAACUAGUAUUUUAAUCACCGAUAUAAUAACUGUACACGAAAAAUUACAAAAAAAGGACGAAAAAAUUGAUAAAACAAAAGACGAAUAUUUGAAAUUAGAAAAAGAAUAUUUGGAAGCAGAAAGACAAAGUACGGAAAGGGAAAAGGGAAUCUUGGAGCAAGAACGUAAAGAAAUUGUUGAGUCAAUGAAAAAGCUUGAAUUACAAUUUGUACAGCUUACGUCGGAUAUUCAAAAACGAAGCCUACAAUAUGAUGAGGCAGAAGAAAGGCUUAAAACAAAAGAGCAAACAUUAACAAGAGAAAGAGAAAUAUUUGAACAAAAAGUAAUUUGGGAACAUAAACAUUUAGAGAGUUUAAAGGAUGCAUGGAUAAAAGAACAAGAGAGACAAUUAGAAGCAAUUGCACGAGAAAGAGAAGCAGUUGUAACUGAACGUGCAAAAUUAGAAGUUUUUGAUAGAUUAAAAUGUGAUGAUAUGGCAAAGGCAGAGUUAGAAGCUGCUAUAAAAGCUGCUCAAAGUGCAAAUAAUCGCGCUAAUCAGGAGAGACUGAAAUGGCAAGAAAAAAUGAGAGAACUCGAAAUACAACAGUAUCAGAUUCAAGGAAAAGAAAAUGAACUUAUACUGCGUGCUAAAGAGCUUGAAAACUUAACACAGUCCGCAUUAACAAAAAGAGAUGAAGGAAUAAAGGCAUUAAAACAAGCACAUCAAAUUGAUGAUCAGCAUAAGGAAAGACUUGGUCAGUUACAAUUGCAACUUGAAGCAUUAGCACAAAGAGAAACUAAAGUUGCUUCAGAGAAACUACAUUUAGCAAGAGAAAGAUUAGCAUUAAGAACUUCUCAAACAGAAAAACCAGUAAAAGACGUCAAAAUAAAUAUUCAUUCUAUGUACGAAGAGGAUCUAGCAGUUUUAUCAGAACUUCCUACUUCACAAGUUAUACCAUCUUACAUGAAUACUAUUGAUCCUCAAUUAAUAAUGCUAAAAUUAAAUUUGGAUAAUCAGCUAGAUAUCACCAAUAAAUGCCUUGAAACAAUGGGUAUUUAAUAAAACAUCAAACAUAAUUGUGUACAAAUAUUAUGUC